GGGAGUUCGUGUGGGACAGACGGGGGGAGAGUUGAGUUUGUGUGUGUGUUGCUGAAGAGGAGCGGCAGCCAAGGAAGGAGCAGACACAUUGGAGUACGCAAGAGCAACAGAAUAUUAUUUUCAUGAUGGCAUCAGAGGACACGCUGUAUAUCGAGACCGACGGUUCGGAGAUGCCAACAGAGAUUGUGGAAUUGCACGAAAUUGAAGUGGAAACGAUAGAGACUACUGUGGUCGGUGGAGACGACGACGAACACCAGCCCAUGAUUGCUUUGCAGCCUCUGGAUGAUCCGAAUGGUAUUCACCAUCAUCAAGAAGUGAUUUUAGUUCAGACCAGAGAAGAGGUAGUCGGGGGGGACGACUCCGACCUUCGUGCGGACGAUGAUUUUGAAGAUCAAAUUCUUAUACCUGUUCCAGCUGUUGAAGAGGAGUACAUUGAGCAGACUCUUGUGACUGUUGCAGGGAAAAGCUCUGUGGGCCGGAUGAAGAAGGGGGGAGGCGGCAUGGGUAAGAAAGCUGGUAAAAAGAGUUAUUUGACUGCCGCUGAAGCAGGGAGUCGAAAAUGGGAGCAGAAACAGGUUCAAAUCAAGACACUGGAAGGAGAAUUUUCUGUUACGAUGUGGGCAUCAGAUGACAAGAAGGACAUUGACCAUGAGACGGUGGUGGAGGAGCAGAUCAUUGGGGAGAACUCCCCUCCAGACUACUCAGAAUACAUGACCGGCAAGAAGCUGCCCCCAGGGGGCAUCCCUGGCAUAGACCUGUCAGACCCCAAACAGCUGGCUGAGUUCGCCAGGAUGAAGCCACGGAAGAUUAAGGAAGAUGACGCACCCAGAACAAUAGCGUGUCCACACAAAGGCUGCACCAAGAUGUUCAGGGACAACUCUGCCAUGCGGAAGCACUUGCACACCCACGGGCCCCGGGUGCACGUGUGUGCGGAGUGUGGAAAGGCUUUCGUGGAGAGCUCCAAGCUCAAGCGCCACCAGCUCGUUCACACCGGAGAGAAGCCCUUCCAGUGCACGUUUGAGGGCUGUGGAAAGCGCUUCUCUCUGGACUUCAACCUGCGCACGCACGUCCGCAUCCACACGGGAGACAGGCCCUACGUCUGCCCCUUCGACGGCUGCAACAAGAAGUUCGCCCAGUCCACCAACCUCAAGUCCCACAUCCUCACACAUGCCAAAGCCAAAAACAACCAGUGAACAAGCCCUGCGCAUGUGUGUGUGUGUGUGUGUGAAAAAACGGACCCUUUGUAUAUUUGUUUCUAGGAUUACAAGAAAAAGAAAGCAAAAGAAAAAAAAACCAAGAGAAUACCAUGGCGAGACUCUUUUGAUAAAAGUACAAAAGGUGAGCGUAAUGGAAUACUGUAGAUGUCUUACCCCAGCCACUCACCUCCCUGAGAGAAAAGUGAAGAAAAGAAAGCGUCACUUUUUUGUUUUUCUUUUUAAACGAACCCACAUGGAUUUGGAAAGUUUCUUCUUGUGAAGACGCGGAACUGCGGGACCUACGGUCCAGGAAGUGCCACUGCAGCACCCAAAGAGAAGUUUGCGCUGAUAUGUACUGUAUUCUUUUGUGCAAAAACCAUCUUAAAGGAGAGGAAGGAAAAAUGCUUUUUUAAAAGUCAGAUUUAUUUUGUUUUACAGUGUGCAUAUUGUACACUUAUUUUUGACCUUGUAUGUAGUCAUGUUAUGUGCGUGCGUGUGUAUGUUUUUGAGUGUGUGGGUGUUUCCCCAGAGAUUUAGGAUUUUUUAGAAGACUGCUGUUAUGUUGCUCCUGUAAAGAUCCUUAUAUUAUUGUUAUCCUAUAUAUAUUAUUUGUGGGGGAUAUCCUUUCAGGUCUCCUUUUUUUGUGUAAUUGCAGCAAAACGUUAAUUUCAUCAUCAUGUAGAUAAUAGAAAUGUGAAAGUGUUAAAAAAAAACCCAAUUACACCCAUUUUAUGUUUUAAGUUAUCCUGAUGUUAACAGAUGCAAAAAAUGGUAUGUCCAUCACUGAAAAUCAGUUGUUUCCCCCAAAGCUUUGUUUUUAUAAGUUAAAGGAGCCUACAUGAAAAGUCUGGGGUGUCUUACUUUGCAUAGCCAGAAUGUCGUACAAUUGAUUGAUUAACCCAUGUUGAUAUGAACAUCCCCUUGUACAGCGGUGACCAACGGUAAUUAAAAAAAAGUGUGGUCCCUGA